AUGCCUCCUCGCGGAAGAAAGAGAAAGUCGGACCAGUCCGUCGCGUCCGAGGUCGACGACGCGACGACGACAGCGACAACGACAGCGACAACGACAACGACAAUGGCCACAAAGACAGAAGAGACCUCCAGCAAGCGGCAAAAGGUGGGCGUGACGGUUGCCCAGAAGCAGGCUCUAAUUGACAAUCUUCAGCUCGAGGUGACCGAGCGUGCACGGAAACUGCGCGCACAGUACAACCUUCAGGCACAGGGACUGCGGACGCGUAUAGAAAUACGCGUCAACCGCAUCCCGAUGGCCCUGCGGAAGCUCAAGAUGGCCGAUCUCCUCCUGAAGCACUCGACCGACCAGCAGAAGCCCCUUGCACCCAAACAGACCACGGCCGCCAGUCGGGCACCACCUCCAGUCCCAGAGAAAGACUUCAACCCGGCACGGUCGGUGGUUUCACGCGCAGAGUCCCCUCGUGCAGCUCAAGCGGCAGUCAACCGGCCACUCAAGCGGCUUAGUGACCAACUGGCCAGCGGCGACAAGGAGAACCAAAACUCACACCUCGACAGCCCCAAGAAACGGCAGCGGGGUGCGCCAGUGACGUCCCAUGGCACACAGCCCGGGCAAGUCCUGUCGCCAGCAUCGUCCAACUCCCGCAUGAACCCUCGUGACCGCGAGCGUGGUGCACCGGCUCCGCCGUCCCCUGCCAAGUCUUUUAUUGCUCGGCCCAUGUCACCAACGAAGCAGGCGUCUGCCACGAACUUGAUCAGCUCCAUGGUGGAGAAGGCACGUGCUACGCGUGCCGCCACGACCCGAAAGCCGACGACAUCGUCGACUGCCAGCUCUGCUGCUGGUGGUGCGACAGCAACAGCCGCUCGCACGCGUGGCAGGGGCGCAGCUUCAAAAACGACUGCGGCCCCAGCUUCUCGGUCGGCCGCAGCAGCCGCAGCACGGAACGCCAGGAGAAUUAGUGGUAUCAGCGAGUCCAGCGAUGCGAGCACGUCUACGGUAGUGCGUAAGGUCGGGAGACCGGCUACUGGUACAACAGCGUCUACGGCGCGGAAGGUCACGGGAGCGACAGCCGCAACGACGAAGAAGACAGUCAUGAGCUCGAUUAAAAAGGGUGUAGCCAGUGCUACGACGAAGAGAGCCCCGGCUUCCAAGGCAACGGCUGCCACCACAACAACAUCGGCAACAACUCGCUCGGGUAGAGUCCUGCGAAAAAGAGAUUGA